AAACCAUCUUUGCGCUUGGGGCAAUGACGCAGCUAGUGAGGUUCUAACCGAGGCGCGUCUAUUGCUGGUUGAAAACUAUUUCCAAACCCCCUCUUCGGCCCGUGCUUGACUCGGGCCGUCGAGAAUUUCUGGAAGGGCUUCUCCUCAUCGAUCUUCGACCAUGCAGGCGCUCCAAUUCACUGCCCUCCGCCCCUCGCCGCUCCUCGACGCUCGUAACUCUGGCGCUGCACCCUUCAGAAAUGCCAGACCUCCAGCUAGGAGACGAGCCUUCAGAAUCUCCGCAUCCGCCGCCUCAACCGUGGCGGCGCCGAAGCGGGAGACGGACCCGAAGAAGCGCGUGGUGAUCACCGGAAUGGGUCUCGUAUCGGUAUUCGGGAACGAUGUGGACGCCUACUACGAGAAGCUGCUCGCUGGUGAGAGUGGCAUCACUCUCAUCGACCGAUUUGACGCCUCAAAAUUCCCGACGCGUUUUGGGGGGCAGAUUCGGGGGUUCACGUCCGAGGGGUACAUUGAUGGGAAGAAUGAUCGAAGAUUGGACGAUUGCUUGAGGUACUGCAUUGUUGCCGGGAAAAAGGCGCUUGAGAGUGCGGAUCUCGGCGGAGAUAAGCUCAACGAGAUUGAUAAGAUUCGAGCUGGUGUAUUGGUCGGGACAGGAAUGGGGGGUCUUACUGUAUUUUCUGAUGGAGUUCAGUCUCUAAUUGAAAAGGGACACAGGAAAAUCACCCCAUUUUUCAUUCCUUAUGCGAUUACAAACAUGGGAUCUGCACUACUUGCAAUUGAUCUUGGCUUAAUGGGGCCAAACUAUUCAAUUUCAACUGCAUGUGCCACCUCAAAUUAUUGUUUCUAUGCAGCUGCCAAUCAUAUCCGUCGGGGUGAAGCUGAUAUCAUGCUUGCCGGUGGAACUGAAGCUGCCAUUAUUCCAAUUGGAUUGGGGGGUUUUGUUGCCUGCAGAGCCUUGUCUCAAAGAAAUGAUGAUCCGAAAACUGCUUCUAGGCCGUGGGAUAAAGAUAGAGAUGGUUUUGUUAUGGGUGAAGGUGCUGGAGUCCUGGUUAUGGAAAGCCUGGAACAUGCAAUGAAACGAGAUGCGCCAAUCAUUGCGGAGUAUUUGGGAGGUGCGGUGAAUUGUGAUGCUUAUCACAUGACUGAUCCCAGAGCAGAUGGUCUUGGAGUCUCUUCAUGCAUCGAGAGUGCCCUUGAAGAUGCUGGUGUCUCUCCCGAGGAGGUUAACUAUAUUAAUGCCCAUGCAACCUCAACCUUAGUCGGCGACUUGGCCGAGAUAAAUGCUAUCAAGAAAGUGUUCAAGAAAACUUCAGAGAUAAAAAUCAAUGCUACCAAGUCAAUGAUAGGACACUGCCUAGGUGCUGCUGGUGGCCUGGAGGCUAUAGCUACAGUGAAAGCCAUCACAACAGGCUGGGUUCACCCCACAAUAAAUCAGUUUAACCCUGAACCUUCCGUGGACUUCGACACUGUUGCAAACAAGAAACACCAGCACGAAGUCAACGUCGCUAUUUCAAAUUCAUUUGGAUUUGGUGGGCAUAACUCAGUGGUAGCUUUUUCUGCUUUCAAGCCAUGAGAGAGAAAGAGAGAGAAGAGAGAGGAGGAGAAAGAGAGUAAGAAUAAUGAAUGUUUUAGUUAGAGAAACAUGAAAGUUGCAUUUUGAUUGGAGUGGUUGUAGAGUUGUAGUUGGAUUUAGAUUUGAAAAGUUUUGGUGUUUGAUUUGUUGGUUGGAGCUGUGACACCAAUAAUGAUUAAUGAAUGCAUGCCUCCCUCCCUUCCUUCCUUCUCAGUUUUGGUGGUGUUUGUUGCUCCAGCCAAACGAUGCUUAUGCUGCUGCUGCUGUUCAGAAGGUCCUCCAUUUCUCCAUCUUCUUCCCUUCCCUUCUCUUUAUUUUCUCAUCAUCAUGUUUGUAUCAGCCAACAAUUUCUAGAGGGAAGAACAUAUUCUGUGUUGUGUUGUGUUGUGUUUAACAUUGCAAAUAAUUUGUUGAUAUAUAACUCAGUCUCUCUCUUGAUAUA